AUGGAGAAGAAGGAUCGGGAGAAUAUGGAAGCUGGUUUAUCGCCCAGACUAGAUUCGGACGUUAAAAUUUUAACUACUUCAAUGUCUUUACAAAAGCAAGUUGAUAUAACAAGAGCAUUUAAAGAAAUGAUGAAAACACAGUAUACUGAAGAGAAUUCAAUCAAUAAUAUCUGCAAUGAUAUUAAAAAGUAUUUGGAUAAGAAAUAUGGUGGAUUAUGGCAAGUAUUCAUUAUUGAUGGGUCGUUCUGGUCAAAUUUCAGUCAUGAACCUUUUCUAGCAAUAGAAUUUAUGUACGAUAAAUUUCGUUGCGUGUUUUGGAGAAAUCCAGCAGAUUAA